AUGUCUAACGCCAUAGAAAGAUAUCAAACACAGGCCGAAUUCCAGCCUCGUCGUGAUGACAACUUUGAGGUAGAAGAUAUCACAGACAUUGAGGAUAACUACCAUCCAGUUCAAUGGAGAGAUGGACAAUAUACAAGCCAGCGACCUACAUCUACCGUUCCAAAUUAUGGCACUAGAUUUCGUCCGUCAAGUGGCGAGUCAGAUGCUCAAUUUCGAGAAAGAAGACGUGACUAUGGAUCAGUUCCUACUUCUUCUAGAAGUGCCGAGCGCAAUCUCCCCCGCUAUACAUCUGAUCAACGACAGUAUGGAAGACAACCGAACUCUUUACACAUCAGGCAGCCAGGAGAACGGCCAUUUUCAUCCGCAGCUUAUGCUACACAACGUCGGUAUCGAACCCCCUCUCCAUCACCGCCUCCACCGCCUCCACCACGUAUUAGAAUUAGCCGUCAAAGUCCUCCCUCUUCGCCCCCUUACUCAGCUUUCCGGAGUCAAAGUACUUUUACACCGGCCACUAGAUUUCAAACGAAUCCCGGCUUGCCAUCUAUGCACCAUAGAAAUGAUUACACGAGUACUGCGAGACCAGAUCAAUAUACUGAUGCUCGGGGAGCUCAAAUACCUAGGUUUAGAACAGCUGAAGGAAAUGAUGCGUACAGAAGAUUCUUGAGUAGCUAA